AUGAGGACCCCGUGGGACGGCCAUCGCGUCCCGGUGAUUAGGUUGAAGUUCAUGAGUUCGCCCAGCCUCAGUGACCUGGGCAAGAGAGAGCCGGCCGCCGCCGCCGCCGCGGACGAGCGGGGCACGCAGCAGCGCCGGGCCUGCGCCAACGCCACCUGGAACAGCAUCCAUAACGGGGUGAUCGCCGUCUUCCAGCGUAAGGGGCUGCCCGACCAGGAGCUUUUCAGCCUGAACGAAGGUGUCCGGCAGCUGCUGAAGACGGAGCUGGGGUCCUUCUUCACGGAGUACCUGCAGAACCAGCUGCUGACGAAAGGCAUGGUGAUCCUGCGAGACAAGAUCCGCUUCUAUGAGGGGCAGAAGCUGCUGGAUUCGCUGGCGGAGACCUGGGACUUCUUCUUCAGCGACGUGCUGCCCACCCUGCAGGCCGUCUUCUACCCCGUGCAGGGCAAGGAGCCGUCGGUGCGCCAGCUGGCCCUGCUGCACUUUCGGAACACCAUCACCCUGGGCGUGAAGCUGGAGGACGCGCUGGCCCGGGCCCACGCCCGAGUGCCCCCCGCCAUCGUGCAGAUGCUGCUGGUGCUGCAGGGCGUGCACGAGUCCCGGGGCGUGACGAAGGACUACCUGCGCCUGGAGACGCUGAUCCAGAAGGUGGUGUCGCCCUACCUGGGCACCUACGGCCUCUACUCUGGCGAGGGGGCCUUCACACACUCCUGCAUCCUGGAGAAGCACUACCUGCGGCGCUCCCGCUCGGGGGACGUCCUGGCCAAGAACCCGGUGGUGCGUUCCAAGAGCUACAACACGCCGCUGCUGAACCCCGUGGCGGAGCACGAGGCCGAGGGCGCGGCGGCGGGCGGCGCGGGCAUCCGCCGGCACUCGGUCUCCGAGAUGACGUCCUGCCCUGAGCCCCAGGGCUUCGCCGACACGCCCGGCCCGGGGCCCGCUGGCGCCUUCGGCACCUCCCCGUCGUCGCCCCCGUCGGGGCCCUGCCCCAGCAGACUGUACCCGCCGGCCCAGCCCCCCAAGCCCGGUCCGGGCGCGGCCCGCGGCUCCCCGGCCUCCUCCAGCCCCGAGAACCUGGUCGACCAGAUCCUGGAGUCGGUCGACUCGGAUUCGGAGGGGAUCUUCAUUGACUUUGGCCGGGGCGGCGGCUCGGGCACGUCCGAGUUUGAGGGAGCGGGGGGCCGGCAGAGCGUCGUGUGA